AUGGCGAGUGAACGAAAUACCACGGCACGCACGCCUGCAAAGGCGACCAAACCACCCGCGCCUACUUCCUCAGCCAAACAACGUUCAAUUGUUUCCUUCUUCCAAAAAGCUCCGCCCUCUUCCCCCGCGGCCCCUGCAUCAUCACCUCUAGCAAAAGCCACUCCCGCCAACAAACAGUCUUCGUGUUUGAAAGAGACGACGAAAGCCAACACUCUCCCCAAAAAUACACCACUUUCUAAAUCCAAGGCGACACCAACUGCUUCCGUCAAACAAACAACACCCGUCCCUGACAGCGACGUUAUCGAGCCUCCAAGCUCUCAAGAGAAUCUCGAUGCAACCAUCAAGAAGUCUUCUACCAAAAUGAACCACGACGCUCUGCCCAGCAGUCCGACUCGAAAGAUCAAAAAGGUUGUUAGCUAUGCCGAAUCUUCCGAAGAAGACGAGCCUUUCCAGUUUGGCGGUCCAUCUACUUCUCGUCGACGGUCUAGAGUACCUCGGCAGGUUGUUAAGGAUGAAGAUGACUACGAAGAAGCGGAGGAAGAAGAAGUGGAUGGCGGAGAUACUGACACUAUGGACGACUUCAUCGCAUCCGAGGAGUCAGACGAUGCCUCCCGAUCCAAGAAGCGAAAGCGACCCUCAAAACCAGCCGCCUCUCGAAAGCGCUCCAACCGAUCUUCGCCUAUCCCCACACCCGAAUUUGAUAUCAAGGAUAGCAUCUUGGAGGAAGACGAGGUUAUGAAUGAUGUUGAGGGCUCUACUGCGUCUCAAUGGAACUACAACCCCGACUCCGGCGACAAACAAGCUGUUGUCAAGCCUGCAGCAAGGGCUGUCUCAAGGGACCCCAAAUUCAAGGAGAAGGCACAUACCAAAGACCCCGAUCAGAGGUAUACUUGGCUUGCCAACAUCAUGGACAAGGAGAAGAGAAAGCCCAGCGACCCAGACUACGACAAGCGAACCAUCUUCAUCCCUCCUUCUGCCUGGAACAAGUUCUCGCCUUUCGAGACUCAAUACUGGAAGAUCAAACAGGACCUGUGGGAUACGAUUGUCUUCUUCAAGAAGGGCAAGUUCUACGAGCUUUACGAGAAUGAUGCCACUGUGGGUCAUCAGGAGUUUGACUUCAAGAUGACGGACAGAGUCAACAUGCGCAUGGUCGGAGUGCCCGAGAGCUCGCUCGAUUACUGGGUGAACCAGUUCAUCGCAAAACAGUACAAGGUUGCCCGUGUUGAUCAGAUGGAGACCAACCUUGGUAAGGAGAUGCGCGAGCGACAAGACAAGAGCAAGAAGGCGGACAAGGUCAUCACUCGUGAGCUGGCAUGUAUCUUGACUGCUGGCACUCUUGUCGACGGUGGUAUGCUGCAAGAUGACAUGGCCUCGUACUGUGUGGCCAUCAAGGAAUCUGUCGUUGAUGAUCUGCCUGCUUUCGGUAUUGCCUUCACUGACACUGCCACUGGUCGCUUCUACCUGUCUAGCUUCGUGGACGACAUUGACUUGACCAAAUUUGAGACCCUUAUUGCUCAAACCGGACCGCGAGAGCUGCUUCUUGAAAAGUCUCACCUGUCUACCAAGGCACUGCGUAUCCUCAAGAACAACACCAGUCCCACCACAAUCUGGACACACCUCAAGCCAGGCACUGAGUUUUGGGACGCAGAUAUGACCCGCCGUGAGCUCGACUGCGCAAACUACUUCAGGGCUGAAGAUGCCGACGAAGAGAUCUGGCCUGAAACUCUCCAGUCAUUCCGCGACGAUGAUAUCAUGAUGUCCGCAACCGGAGCAUUGAUCUCAUAUUUGCGUUUCCUCAAGCUUGAGAGACCUCUGCUAUCUCAAGGUAACUUCGAGGUGUACAAUCCCAUCCAGAAAAACGGAACUUUGAUCCUGGAUGGACAGACACUCAUCAAUCUGGAAAUCUUCUCCAACUCGGUCAAUGGUGGUUCCGAAGGCACACUAUUCAGCCUGCUUAACAAGUGCGUUACGCCCUUCGGAAAGCGCCUCUUCCGAUCGUGGGUAGCACACCCGCUCUGCCACAUUGAGCGCAUCAAUGAACGUCUCGAUGCUGUCGACAUGCUCAACGCCGAUCAGACGGUUCGUGAACAAUUCGCCUCGCAGCUCGUCAAGAUGCCCGAUCUAGAGCGACUCAUCUCACGAAUCCAUGCCGGCGCUUGCAAACCCGAGGACUUCGUCAAGGUCCUUGAAGGUUUUGAGCAGAUUGAGUACACUAUGGGACUUUUGGAGGCAUACAAGGGUGGUAAUGGUUUGGUCGACCGCCUCAUUUCUUCAAUGCCGAACCUUGAUGAGCCUUUGUCCUACUGGAGAACGGCAUUUGACCGUCGCAAGGCUCGUGAAGAGAAGCUUCUCAUUCCUGAACGUGGGAUCGAUGAGGAUUUCGACCAGAGUUCAGAUCGCAUUAAGGAGAUCAAGCAACAACUCGAGGAUCUCCUUGCAGAGAAGAAGAAAGAGUUCAAGUGCAAGUUCCUCAAGUUCACUGAUGUCGGCAAGGAGAUCUUCCAGUUGGAGGCACCGAAGAGUGUUAAGGUCCCUUCAAGCUUUCGUCAAAUGUCGGCCACAAAGGACGUCAAGCGAUGGUACUUCCCUGAGCUUUCUCAGCUUGUACGAGAGCUUCAAGAGGCAGAGGAAACACAUUCACAGCUUGUGCGCGAGGUUGCCUCCCGAUUUUUCCAGAAAUUUGACGUUGACUACGAAACCUGGCUACAGGCCAUCAAGAUUAUCUCACAGCUGGAUUGUUUGGUCAGCUUGGCCAAGGCAUCGGCAUCACUUGGUCAGCCAAGCUGCCGUCCCGAGUUCGUGGACGAGGAGCGCAGCAAUGUUGACUUCCAAGAACUUAGACAUCCUUGCAUGAUGAACACAGUGGACGACUUCAUUCCUAACGACAUUAAACUUGGUGGUGAUCAAGCCAAGAUCAACCUGCUAACAGGAGCCAAUGCCGCUGGCAAGUCUACUGUUCUACGCAUGUCUUGCGUUGCUGUUAUCAUGGCUCAAAUCGGCUGCUAUGUCCCUGCUACCUUCGCACGCCUCACACCUGUCGACCGAAUUAUGUCCCGCCUCGGUGCCAACGACAACAUCUUUGCCGCUCAGUCGACAUUCUUUGUUGAGUUGUCCGAAACCAAGAAAAUUCUGUCUGAGGCUACUCCUCGGUCACUGGUCAUUCUGGAUGAACUUGGUCGCGGAACCAGCUCGUACGAUGGUGUUGCCGUUGCCCAGGCUGUUCUUCACCAUGUUGCUACUCACAUUGGCUGCGUUGGUUACUUUGCCACUCAUUACCAUUCCCUUGCGACAGAGUUUGAGAACCACCCUGAGAUUCGAGCACGCAGGAUGCAGAUCCAUGUUGACGAUGAGGAGCGACGCGUGACCUUCCUGUAUAAACUUGAAGAUGGUGUCGCUGAGGGUAGUUUCGGCAUGCACUGUGCUGCCAUGUGUGGCAUCUCAUCUCGCGUCAUUGACCGCGCAGAGGUGGCUGCCAAGGAAUGGGAACACACCAGCCGACUGAAAGACAGUCUAGAGAAGGCAAAGACAGGAUGCUAUAUUCCACUAGGUAUCCUCAGCGACAUAGGUGGGCUACUUGGUGACAAGGGCGAGAUGGGCGACGAUGGAGUGGAUGUUCUUCUAAAGGCGAUUGAGGCGCUGUAA